CACGGUCAACCCAGGCGCACCGCACCGCAUCGCACGCCCGACGCGCAGCCGAAACCCUAGCUCCGCCCCGCCCCUCCCUCCCCCGCGCACUCCGCCGUCUCCGCCGCCCCCGCCGUCCUCGCGCCAUGGCCGACUCCCCGCGCCGGAGGUACACAAGGCCCUCAAGGUCCCCUUCUCCUUAUAAGGGACGCCAAAAGCAAAUGUCAAGGUCAAGAUCACCUGUAGCUCAAUCCCAGUCUAGAUCUCCAUCGCCUGAUCCUAGAGCUCAGGCGAGGUCAAGAUCUCGAAGCCCUGCGAGGGAGCGGGAGCCUGAAGCUGUAAAUCAUGGAAAUACUCUGUACAUUACUGGACUUUCUUCUAGGGUGACUGAUAAAGAACUUAGAGAGUACUUCAAUAAGGAAGGAAAGGUGGUUUCUUGCCAUGUUGUUCUUGAACCCCACACCCGUGUUUCUCGUGGAUUUGCUUUCAUCACCAUGGACACUGUUGAAGAUGCUGAACGCUGCAUCAAGUAUCUUAACCAGUCAGAACUGCAAGGCCGGAACAUCACAGUUGAAAAGUCACGCAGAGGCCGCCCAAGGACGCCUACUCCUGGGAGCUAUCUGGGCCAUCGCUAUGAGCGUAGAGAGAUGCAGCGUGGAGGUAGAUUCCGCAGAGGAGGCUAUGGUCGUGACGACUACUAUGGCAACAGCUACCGCAGGUCUCCGCCUCCCAUGUACCGAGACUACAGGGACACCCGGGACUACCCUCCCUACAGGGACACCCGCGACUACUCCCCACCCCACAGGGAUGCCCGAGACUACUAUGACGGGAGGGGUGGUCGGGGCUACUCCCCCCACAGAUCUCCCCCUCCUUAUGGUGGCAGGGCAAGAAGGGAGAGGUCUAGGUCGCUGCCCUAUUCCCCGUACCGGAUGCCCGAAAGGGGCUACGGCCGCCGUGCUGGCGGCGGAGGCUAUGACAGGUAAAGCGCUGUUGUCUCUUUGCGUCAGCAGAGGCUUGAUGUCAGGUUGGAUAAACAUGCUGCUCGUCCCGGGCCUCCCCCGAUGCUAAGAUUAUGUGUAAACUGUGCUGUCUUGGAACAAUAUGUUUGCGGAAUUUGCAAUGUUGUAUUUGUAACUUAAUGACCUUCAGACAUUUUUGUUCUAUUUGGAAUCAUCUUUGAACUAUUAAA